AUGUCGAAGCAGGGAGAUUACGACCAGGUCAAGAAGGACAUUAUUGCUGUUCUCAAGCAGCCCGAGUACGAUGACGGUUCCGCCGGUCCCGUGCUUGUUCGUCUUGCAUGGCACGCAAGUGGCACUUACUGUGCCGAGACCGACACUGGAGGAUCCAACGGUGCCGGCAUGCGAUACGAGGCCGAAGGUGGUGACCCUGCCAACGCUGGUCUUCAGCACGCCCGUGUCUUCCUCGAACCCAUCAAGGAGAAGCACUCCUGGAUCACUUACGCCGAUCUCUGGACUCUGGCCGGUGUGGUUGCCAUUGAGGCUAUGGGCGGUCCCAAGAUCCAGUGGCGUCCCGGCCGAACCGACUUUGCCGACGACUCUCGACUCCCACCUCGCGGCCGUCUUCCCGACGGUGCACAGGGUGCUGAUCACCUCCGAUUCAUCUUCUACCGCAUGGGCUUCAACAAUCAAGAGAUCGUCGCCCUUUCUGGCGCCCACAAUCUCGGUCGAUGCCAUUCAGACCGAUCCGGUUUCGAAGGUCCAUGGGUCAACUCGCCGACACGUUUCUCCAACCAGUAUUACAAGCUCUUGCUCAAGCUCAAGUGGUCGCCUAAGAAGUGGGAUGGUCCAUUCCAGUACGUCGCCAAGGCUCCAGGUGCCGAUGACGACGACGAACAGCUCAUGAUGCUUCCCACCGACUACGCCUUGAUCCAGGACGACAAGUUUCGUCCUUGGGUCGAGAAGUACGCUGAAGACCGAGAUGCUUUCUUCCAAGACUUCUCCAAGGUGUUCGCUAAGCUGAUCGAACUUGGUGUUUACCGUGACGAGAGUGGUAUUGCAAGAGCAGACAAGGUGAAGUCGUACAAGGGCGAGUACAAGUCGGCUCCACAGAAGUCGCACGAGCCUGGCGCACCCGGUGCUGGCAAGGAUGGUGAGGCUGACCCACUCGCAAGACAAAACAAGAGGGCUCAGAACCACCACCAGUCCUCUGCCAAGGCUAAGCUCUAA